AUGAAUGACUCAGCGGACAAACUGGUCAUCUUCCUAGCGAAGAGAGAUGGCAUUGACAAGCUUGUGAAAACCUUCCAGUACGUGUCCAAGCUUGUGAACUGGCAUGUGGAAGCCACAAACCCUGACAUAUCCAAGAGGUUCAAGCAAUGGGAAGUGGCCUCAGGACUUAGCAGAAAAGCCUUCAGAACUGGAAGGUUUCUCACUGGCUUCAACGCCCUCCGCAGAAACCCUGGUUCCACUCUUUCCCUGAGGUUUCUAGCGGUGCUUGGUAAUGCAGGAGAGAUGGUGUAUUUCUUCUUCGACCACUUUCUUUGGUUGGCGAGAAUCGGGACCAUAGAUGCAAACUUGGCUAAGAGGAUGAGCUUCAUAUCAGCUUUUGGUGAGUCUGUGGGGUAUGUUUUCUUCAUCAUAGCUGAUUUCAUUAUGCUGAAAGAAGGGCUGAAGGAAGAGAGAAAGCUGAGAAGAAGCAAGGAGAAAUCAGUGGAAGAAGAGAAAAAGAUUGAGAAGAUAAGAAUUGAUAGAACAAUGAGGUUGAUGGCUGUGGCUGCUAAUGUUGCUGAUUUGUUCAUAGCAAUAGCAGAGAUUGAACCAAACCCCUUCUGCAACCACACUGUUACUCUUGGCAUUAGUGGCUUGGUUUCUGCUUGGGCCGGUUGGUAUAGAAACUGGCCCUCUUAA